AUGAGAAGUAACUCACUUAACUCUUCUAGCAGCAAUUACCAAACUAACAAGCUUAAAGAGAAAUACUCUCACUUUUUUGAUAAUGAAGAUAUAGAAGGUGAUUAAAAGAUUCUCUCUCCUUAAGACUUACAAAGUAGUAACCGCAGUUAAAAUAGGAGUAAGAGAAUGGCUAGUUUUGAUGCAUAAGCAUUCGAUUAAAAGAAAUAAGAGACAUAAUAAUAACAAUUGAUUUAAGAAUAGCUUAAUUCUUCUUAUUAAUACUAAAAUUAGCAUACUAAUAAUAAUGUUUUGAGAUUCCAUCCAAAGACUGAAAAUUACAAUCAUUUAAACUAGCAAAAGAUUAUAAAACAGAAUUAAGAUGAAUUAAAUUUCUUAAAAGAGCAGUUUUUGAAUAAAGUAGAAGAGAUUCAAAGCAACUUGAAAUCAAUUGAUCCUUAUAAGAUUUCUUUGAAUUCAAUCCAUUCUAAUACAAAUAAUUUCAAUCAAACUUAUAUAAAGAGGUAAGAGGAAUUGAAUGCUAAUAUCCUUCAAAUAAAUUAGCUAUUUGAUAAAUAGAACUUUUUAGAUUCUGCUGGAGGUUCAUAAGAAAUCAAAAAGAAUUUGUAACAAUAUAAUAAUGAUUCAGAUUAAAAUAUUAUUAAAAACUCACAUUAAAAUAGAAAACCUCCUUUUGCUCAUCCAGCAGGAGAAUCUAGCAUUGUUAAGACAAAAAUAAACUAAAAUGAUUUUUUCGAUGAAUCACAUUAAAAUAAUACAACUCAAAAAUAAGAAAUGUUGUAAAUAUAAGAAUCAACUAAUGCCAAAAAUAAAGAUCUAAAAGACAAAUCGCUUCUUGAAAUUCUUAAAAAGAAAGAAAACUUAUAUGAAAAAGCUAAACGCGACUACAACUUAAUUAAAUAAGGAAUAAAUUUCAACUACUAAAAAGAUAUUUGUAAUGGAGGAUCCAAAGACCCUUAUAAAAAUUAUAGCAGAGACAGUCUAGACAGACAAAAAAUAUAUUUUUAUGAUAGCUUCAUGCCUUCAAAUAUGAGAAUGAUGAAAUCUCCCUAUUAAUUGCUAAAAUAUAAAAUUAACAGUAGAGCUAAAUUUGAUAUUUAGAAUUGCAUCUAAGAGCUUUCCUCUAUAAAUUCCUCCUUAAGAUCUACAAAUUAUAAAUGA